AUGUCUGCAUACGGCGGACAAUCCAAGCCCGCCUACGGCGCACAGGGUGGCGACGAUGCCGGUGGCUUCUUCGCCGGCGGCUCGCAGCAGGGCAGCCAAUCUGCAGCCGGUGGCAAGGCGUAUCAAGAUGAAUCCCUCCGGCCCGUAACCAUCAAGCAGAUCCUCGAGGCCGAGGAGGCCUUCUCGGGCGCCGACUUCAAAAUAGACGGCUCGCCCGUGACGCAAAUCACAUUCGUCGGCCAGGUGCGCAGCGUGAACCCGCAGCCGACCAACAUCACCUUCAAGAUCGACGACGGCACCGGCCAGGUCGAGGUAAAGAAGUGGAUCGACGCCGACAAGCAGGACGAGCCCGACCCCGGCUUCGAGCUCGACUCCUACGUCCGCGUCUGGGGUCGCCUCAAAUCCUUCUCCAACAAGCGCCACGUAGGCGCCCACGUCAUCCGUCCCGUCGCCGACUUCAACGAGGUCAACUACCACCUCCUCGAGGCCUCCUACGUUCACCUCUUCUUCACCAAAGGGCCCCUCGGCGGCGCGGCGGCGAAUGGUGACAGCAUGUUCGUCGACGGCGGCAACGGCGCCGCCGCCAGCAUGGCACCCCAGUCCAACGGCAAGCUCUCCGGCUGCACGGCGCUUGGGAAGAAGAUUUUCAACUUCAUCAACGACACCCCCGGCGGAAACGAAGGCAUGCACCUCAACGUCAUCACCAACGGGACGGGCCUAUCGGUUCGAGAUGUCUUGACGGGUGCCGACGAGCUUCUGGGGCAAGGCUUGAUCUACACCACCGUCGACGACGAGACCUGGGCUAUCUUGGAGUACUAG